UUAUACUCUACUAAUUAUAUACUUAUUUCCGUUCGUAAUAUCGCUCUGUCGAAUUCACCACGAGAGCAAAGCGUGUUUCUCUGCCGAGCUGUGAACGUGUUGAGACGAUGCCACCGUGCGCGAAUCGCUGAAAGAGGAAAAUGUCAUCGGGUGGAAAAGGAUCAUCACAGCCGGUGGAAAAUACACAGAGUGAAUUUCUCGUAGCGUGCAUGGGCGGAUUCUCACUGGGCGCCGGCAUCGGUUGGAGCGCGCCGUGCGUCGAACUCCUGAAAGAUCAGUACGGUUUCGACGUGUUCUCGACGAACGUGGUCGCGUCGGUUUUUCCGCUGGGCGCGGCAGUUGGGAUGUUGGUGGUGCCGUUCCUGAUCGACAAGAUCGGCCGAAAGUGGACGAUGAUGUCGCUGGUGCCGGCGUUCGUUCUCGGUUGGGUGUUCAUCACGUUCGGUGUGACCACUACGCUUCUCCUAACUGUGGGCAGACUGAUAACUGGAGCCUGUGGUGGGAUGUUCUGCGUCGUUGCGCCGAUGUACUCCGCCGAGAUCUCCGAAAAAGAGAUUAGAGGUACCUUGGGAGUGUUCUUUCAAUUAUUGCUCGUGAUCGGGAUUCUAUACGCUUACUGUUGCGGCUACGCUAGGAACGUCGUCGUGAUAUCGAUCCUUUGCGGUAUCGCUCCUCUCGUGUUCGCCAGCAUCAUGACCUUCAUGCCGGAGAGCCCGCUGUUUUACAUGACGAAGAAUAACGAAGCAGCCGCCAGGAAAUCGAUGCGAUUCUUCCGUGGACCGGAUUACAAUAUCGACCCCGAGAUCAACGAGUUCAAAGAGCAAGUAGAGAAAAGUAAACGCGAGAGGGUGACGCUCUCGGCGUUCCUGAGGAAGCCAGUGUUGAAGACCCUGGGUGUGGCGUACGGGAUCAUGCUAGCGCAGCAACUUAGCGGCAUCAACGCGAUUAUUUUCUACUGCGAGACGAUCUUCAAGCAGACCGGCGUCGAUCUGGAUCCCCUGCUGCAGAUGGUGGUCGUCGCGGUGGUCCAAGUGAUCGCUUGCUGCAUAGCAGCCUCGUUGAUCGAUCAGCUGGGGCGAAAGGUCCUCAUGAUGAUAUCCUUCGGCGUGAUGUGCAUCUGUCUGAUUGCUCUGAGCAUCUUCUUUGUACUGAGGGACAAGCAUCCCGAUGUUGCUGACUGUCUAUUUUGGUUACCGCUCAUUUCUGCUUCCCUCUACAUCCUGGCUUUCUGCCUGGGUGCCGGUCACGUUGAUCAGACUCCAUCUCCGACCAAGUGCCAGCGAUCUGUACGUUUGAUUUUCCCGGGGUCCACAACAGGUCCGAUACCGUGGGCAUAUAUGGGCGAGAUCUUCCCAACGAAACUGAAGGGAACAGCGUCGUCCUCCGCGGCGUCUUUCUGCUGGCUGUUGGCGUUCAUGGUGACCGUGUCGUUCUCCACGGUGGCCGAGGCGCUCGGCAACGCAGCCGUGUUCUUUUCCUUCGCGAUAUUCUGCGCGCUGAGCAUGCUGUUCGUGGUGUUCUGCAUGGUGGAGACCAAGGGCAAGACGUUCGCCGAGAUCCUGAGGGAGUUUGGCACCUACGACAUCGACUAA